AUGGACAACAUCGACGAGGAAUAUGACCGGCUUGUUGAACACCUUCACGACUGCGCGAAGAAGGCUGAGAGUUUUAAAACCACCAAGAGGCGCCUAUCUCUUCAAACUCUUGAGCUGAUACGCCAGUGUGGAGCAGCACGAGUCGCAGGGAACCAAGAACUCACGUCCGAGCUCGCAAGGCUUUGCAGAGAGGCGGUAAAGGAAAACCUUAAAGAGAGAAGAGCAGAAGUGCUGGCUGAAGCUGCAGAGGCGGGAAAAAGCAUCCGCUAUGCCCGUCGAGACUUCGCCAGUCGCAAGACGAGGAUGACUGCUCUCCGGAACCCAAAGCGAACAGCCAUUGCAUCGAGAAGGGGGAUGGAGAAAAUCAUCUACGACUUCUACUCUGAUCUCUUCGACAGCCAUGUCCACUUGCCUCCUCACCAUCUAAGGGAAGAUGGACAAGUCAUUCCAGAGGUUCUCCCGUCCGAAAUACGACAUGCUAUCAUGUCGGUAAGAAAUCGUACAGCACCCGGUCCCGACAGAAUAAGACCAGAACACCUGAAGAGUCUUCCAGUACUCAUCAACACCCUGGCAAGGCUCUUUACACGUUAUCUGUCGGAAUGCAAGGUUCCUAAACAGUGGAAGACCAGCAAGACCGUGUUGUUGUAUAAAAAGGGAGAUCCACAUGACAUCGGCAACUAUCUGCUUACUGUCUCUACAAGCUAUUUACAACAGUGA